AUGUUCGAGAACCUCUGUACUCUCCCGCUCUCCUCUGAGCUCUUCGCUCAAUCUCUCCACCCUACGGAGCCCAUCCUCGCAGUCGGGUUAUCAGGCGGGCAUGUACAAUCAUUCCGUCUUCCUCCCGUAGCUGGCAACGCCGACGAGGAGGAGGAUGGCGACACGAGCGUACUCUCCACCGGCACCAGCACGAUAGAGACCGAGUGGCGUACACGGAGGCAUAAAGGCAGCUGCCGCACACUCGCAUAUAGCGGUGAUGGGGAAUUCCUGUACUCAGCGGGCACCGACAGCCUGCUCAAAGUCGCCUCUUCCAACACCGGGCAGGUGGUUUCGAAAAUCCUGAUCCCUUUCGACCCAUCGACUUCUGGAGCUGACGCCCCGACGGUCCUGCAUCCCCUCUCUCCGCAGACGCUCCUGCUCGCGACCGAUUCCUCGGCGCUUCAUCUCUACGAUCUGCGCACGCCUUCCUCGUUCACGUCGGGCAAGCCGAGUCAGACGCACCACCCGCAUGAAGACUACAUCUCUUCUCUCACGCCGCUACCGCCUACGGAGCAGAGCACGAGCGGGUUUAGCAAACAAUGGGUUACGACGGGGGGGACUACAUUAGCUGUCACGGAUCUCAGGAGAGGGGUCUUGGUCAAGAGUGAAGAUCAAGAGGAGGAGCUGCUGAGCAGUGUAUUUGUUGGAGGGUUACCUAGUAGACCUGGAAGGAGUAGGGGCCAGAAGGUGUUGGUAGGGAGUGGAAACGGCGUUCUGACGCUCUGGGAACGUGGCGUCUGGGACGAUCAGGAUGAGAGGAUAUAUGUUGAUACUGGCCGAGGCGGUGGAGAGAGUUUAGAUUCGUUGGUGCUGAUGCCCGAGGGGGUGGGCGAUGGUUACAAGAAUGUCGUGGUUGGCGUUGGGGAUGGAACUGUUAGGAUAGUGCGUUUGGGUCUAAACAAAGUUGUGGGAGAGCCGCUGAGGCAUGACGAGGUGGAGGCUGUAGUUGCACUCGGGUUUGAUGUUGAAGGGAGGUUGAUUAGUGGAGGUGGAAGCACCGUGAAGGUCUGGCAGGAGAAGAUGGAUCUGGUUGACGAGGACGAAGAUUCGGACGAGGAGACUGGUGCAGGGAAGAGGGCUCUGGGAGGGGACAGUGAUGAUAGUGAUGCCGACGAUAGCAGCGAUGAGGAGGAAAGCCGAAAGCGACAGAAGAGACGGAAGAAGUCGAAAGGCAAAGACAAGCACGGUGGGAAUGGGAUUUUGGGAUUCGAGGGCAUGGAAUGA